UGCAUAAAUAGCCAGUGCCUGCCAAGGAAAGGCUAAUUUGCCUGGGGAUCCUGGAGUCUGAGAAGAAGCAUUGAUUUGGGGCAUGGGGCCCUAGAGUUGCUGUGGCCGCAUACCAGGGGACAAUGCCCUCGUUCUGGCCUGGGUCUUUCAGUGCUCAUGACUGAGCCUCUGCCGCGAUAAGGGAGCUCACAUGGGGGUUUCUAGAGACUCCCAGGAAACCCAGGCCAUGUUUCUCCUCCCUCUCUCCGUGGUGAUCCUGCUCACACAGCCCCUGAGGUCACUGGGAGCAGAAAUGAAGACCUAUUUCCAGAGAACCGAAGCCAACGCCUGCACUUUGGUCAUAUGUAGCCCCGUGGAGAAUGGCCUGCCUGGUCGCGAUGGACGGGACGGGAGAGAGGGCCCCCGGGGCGAGAAAGGGGACCCAGGUUUGCCAGGAGCUGUCGGAAGAGCGGGGAUGCCUGGCCCACCCGGCCCAGUUGGGCCCAAAGGGGAGAGUGGCUCUGCCGGAGAGCCUGGACAAAAAGGAGACUCAGGAGCCUCUGGACCUCCGGGACCUCGAGGUAUGCCUGGUCCAGCUGGCAGAGAGGGUCCCUCAGGAAAGCAGGGGACUGCAGGACCUCAAGGCACACCAGGCCCAAAAGGAGAGGCUGGGCCCAAAGGAGAAGUGGGUGCCCCUGGCAUGCAGGGCUCUGCAGGGACAAGAGGCUCCCCAGGGGCUAAAGGAGAGAGAGGUGCCCCGGGGGAGCUUGGAGCCCCUGGAAAUGCUGGGGCAGCAGGGCCUGCUGGAGCCAUGGGCCCACCAGGACCUCCAGGUGCCAAAGGGCCCCCAGGACUGAAGGGCGACAGAGGUGCUCCUGGGGACAAAGGAGCAAAAGGAGAAAGCGGGCUUCCUGACAUCUCUGCUCUGAGGCAGCAGGUGGAGGGUUUACGUGGACAGCUUCGACUCCUCCAGAAUGCCUUCUCUCAGUAUAGGAAAGUGGAGCUCUUCCCCAACGGCCGAGGGGUCGGAGAGAAGAUCUUCAAGACGGGAGGUUUUGAAAAGAGUUUUGAGGCCGCACAGCAGGUGUGUAUACAGGCCGGGGGACAGCUGGCCUCCCCACGCUCGGCGGCCGAGAACGCCGCCCUGCAGCAGCUGGUCACACUUGAGAACAAGGCUGCUUUCCUGGGUAUAACCGACAUCAAGACGGAGGGCAAGUUCAUCUACCCGACAGGGGAGCCCCUGGUCUAUUCUAACUGGGCCCCGGGGGAGCCCAACAACAAUGGCGGCGCAGAGAACUGUGUGGAGAUCUUUACCAACGGCAAGUGGAAUGACAAGGCCUGUGGAGAGCGGCGCCUGGUGGUCUGCGAGUUCUGAGCCACCGGGGUGGGGGACCACAGUCCGUCCCGGAGCCUGGCCAGCGAGUGGGGGCCCAGACCUGUGUACUGCCGAUGCCCCAAUAAAGUGGUGCCGCCUCUGUUGGCCA